GGAGAUAUUGCGGAUAGAGGUCCGGACUGUUUAAAGAUAUAUAAAUUAUUCGAUAGAUUAAGAUUAGAUGCGAAGAAAGUUGAUAUAAGUACCUUUGGUACAAUUCAAAACCGUAUCCGCGAAUUUUCCUCUGAAGGCUACAUUGGAAAUCUCCUGUUGACUACAUUCCAAAUUGCAUCAAUUGUGGAAAAUGAUACACUUUUUGUUCAUGGAGGAAUUGAUCUCAAUUGGGCAAAAAAAGGCAUAGAGAAUAUAAAUAUACUUGGUAAAGAAUUGGUAAGUAAAACGACAAAAAUGUUGAGUAAAGAAAAUCCUAUUAUGACUUGGGAUCGUAUGAAUGUUACAAAAGAAGAAGCUAGUAUCAUUGAUAUUAAUG